AUGCGCGCGCUGCCCUCCGAGCUCGAUCCCUGGCUGGCUCGGGACAAGGCUGAGCACUUUGCCUUCUGUUUCGCAAUCACCUCCGCCGUCUACCUUGGCUCACGCUCCUGGGAGUCCCUCCGCCGCCACAGGCUGUUGCUGGCCUGUUUCGCCGGCUUGGCAGCGGGCCUGGCCAAGGAACUCGGCGACUGGCUGCAGUGGUGGCCGGGAGUGGUGUCGGCGCGAGAUCUGGGCGCAGACCUGGCUGGAGUUGCGCUGGCGUUGGCGGCGCUGGUAGCCGCCGAGGCGGGAGCUGCCCUGCCCAUGGCACAGCCGGACCGUGGCGCCGCCGCCAUCGCGCGCGGUGAGCAGCCCGGCGGCGGCCUGGAGCGCCGGCGGUUCGAGGUGGCGGGGUUAGCGGUGGAGCUGCGGCAGGACAUGCGGGGCAGCGGCGCGCUGCGGCCAUUGGACGACGACCGAGUGUGGGCGGACGGCGGCGGGGAGAUUCCGCCCAUACUGACGGCCGACGAGCUGGAGCGGGUGGGCCUGGUGGUGUGGCAGGCCGGCUUCGUGCUGGCAGACCUGCUGCUGCGGCGCCCGCCCUUUGGCAGCUGGCACGGCGCCGCCGUCCUAGACCUCGGCUGCGGCACAGGCUUGGUGGGGAUCCUGCUGGCGCUGGCUGGCGCCGAGGUGGUGCUCAGUGACCAACCCCACAUCACACCCCUGGCAGAGGAAAACAUGCGGGCCAACCUUACGCCAGGCCUGCACAGAGCCUGCGUGGUGGAUUACACCUGGGGGCAGGGCGAUGCAGCUGCCACGCUACUUCAGCGCCCGCCUGCCGCUGGCUCCAGCGCGGCGCCCGCGGCAGCGACCGACGCGCCCGCCGGCAGCGCACCCCUGCCAGCGUCGGCCGCGGCUGCCGCCGGCCCGCCAGCGCCGUGCUUUGAUGUCAUCACGGCGGCAGAUGUGGUGUACCAGCCAGCCUGCUACGCUGACCUGGCAGCCACGCUGCGCCAGCUGGCAGCGCCCCAUACGCUCGUCUAUGUGGCUUACAAGAAGCGAGGCCUGCAAGAGAGUAGCUUCCUGGAUCUACUGGAGGGUGUUGGCUUUGCGGUACAGGAGGUACCGCAGGCGCAGCUGGCGGCAGAGUACCGUUCCGGCAGCUACCGCGUGCUGCGGGCCUGCCGUAUUGAGUAG